UUCUUCUUCCGGGUUGUAGAGAUGGCGUGUUGCUGAACAACAUAGGGUGUGAACAGGAUCUUUAUCGUGUGUAUCUUUAAUAUUAAAGACAUCUCAAACGGCAUCAAAUAUGGCGUCAGAGGAGGAGGAUUUUCCUCGAGGAGGGACAUCCAGGAAGCACUCUGAGAGUAAAAUUGUGUUGGAACAUGUGGACAACCUGUUUCAGUCUAAUGAACUAACAGAAACUAAGAAAAGAAAAGGUGGCAAAGUUGAUGGCAAACAAGUCAAGAAGCAAAGGUCUGAAGAGAGCAACGAAGGCCUGACUCUCAACACAGCAGCCAAAUCUGUAGAAAUUUUACAUUUGAAGAAUGUGAAAGAGGGGAUGCUGUUUCUGGGCUGUGUGAAGGAGGUGACAGACUUUGAAGUGACCGUCAGUUUACCUUGUGGCCUGCAAGGUUACCUGAGCAUCAAGAACAUCUGUGACUCGUACACCAAGCUGCUCAGUGAGCAGCUGGAUUCAGGGGAUGACACAGAGGAGAUCUGCUCUCUUGUGCACCUUUUCCAGCCGGGCAUGCUGCUCAGAUGUGUUGUUGCCAAGUUGCAUGUAACUAAAGGAGGGUUGCUCAGCAUCCAGCUGUCCGUCAAUCCAAAGCUGCUCAACAAGAAUCUCACCUCGAGUUCUGUGAAAGCUGGAAUGGUGUUGAGUGGAUGUGUGGAGAGUGUAGAAGAUCAUGGCUGCAUUAUUGACAUCGGCAUCAGUGGAACCAAAGCCUUCUUGCCUGAAGAAGCCAUGAAAUGCAAACAAAAUAAAACUGAAGAACUUAAAGUGGGUCAGUAUUUGAUGGUUCAAGUAGAAGAAGUAAAGAACAGUGGACGUGUGGUCCGCCUCGUUGCGAACCCCUCCGCUGUGACCAAAGUCUGUGCCAACACGGAGCAGGGCUGGAACCUCACCAACCUUCUGCCUGGCCUGCUGGUCAGAGCUACCAUCAAAAAGGUGACCAAACACGGUCUGUUCCUGGACUUCCUGUCCUCCUUCAGCGGCCAGGUGGACUUUCUUCACAUGGAGCCGACGUCCAGCUACACAGAGGGGCGUCAGGUGCAAGCGUGUGUGCUGUACAUGGAGCCCUCCACCCGACUCGUUGGACUGAGCCUCCGCCGUUACCUCGUCCAGGCUGGGACUGGAAUUGACACCAGUCCGUCUGCCGGGGACCGGAUCGGUGAGGUGGUGAAAGAGUGCAAGAUGACUGCUAUGCACCACAUGUCAGGAGCCAUGUUGCAACUGCCAGACGAAAUACCAGCUUUUGUACAUAGGAACAACCUGAAGGAGCCGAACGAGGAAGCUAAUGACAAUAAAGUGUUUGCGAUGUCCGAGCACACCUGUCGGAUCCUGGACUUCUGCCUCAUGGAUCAGAUUUAUUAUGUUACUUUGCGAAAGAGUUUGAUUGAGAAGCCUUAUUACAGUUAUUCUGAUUUUCAUGCUGGUCAACUUGUAGAGGGGACAGUUUCAGUGCUCAUGAGUCAUGGGAUGCUGGUUCAUGUGACUGAUCAUAUUAAAGGUCUGGUCCCUCGGACCCACCUCUCUGACAUCAGCCUCAGCAACCCAGAGAAGAAGUACGUCGAGGGAAUGAAGGUGACCUGUCGGGUGCUGUCGGUCGACGUCGAGAACAAGAAGCUGUACCUGAGCAGAAAGAAGACUCUGGUUGAGAGCACCCUGCCGCUUUUCCUCAGUUACAGCGACGCCCGCCCAGGCCGCGUGUCCCACGGCUUCAUCGUGUGCAUCAAAGACUUCGGCUGCAUCGUUCGCUUCUACAACAACGUCAAGGGCCUGGUGCCACUCAGAGAGCUCAGCGCUGAUCCCAUCAGCAGUCCCCAGGAGCUCUUCUAUGUUGGACAGGUUUUAAAGACUAAGGUUCUUCAGUGUGAACCGGAGAAGGCGAGGAUGCUGCUGUCGUUUAAGACAGAAGUGGAAGGAGAGACGGAGGAAGCUGCUAAGCCUCAGUUCGAGUGUGAGGUUGGGAAGAGGUUGGAGGCAAAGCUGGUAAAGAAGCUGGUCAACGGUCUGGAGGUGUCCAUCCUCCCUGAUGAAGUCUGUGCCGUGCUCCCCACAGUUCACCUUUCUGAUCACGUGUCCAACUGCCCUUUGCUGUGGGGCAGCCUUCAGGAGGGAGACGUCAUUGCAAACCUCGUCUGCUUCAACAAGAACAAACAGAAUAUUACUCUCACCAAGAAACCAACAGUGAGAUGGUCCAUGGAGGAGGGGCUGGUCCCCAGAGACUUCUCUGAGAUUACAGUUGGCAUGCAGCUGGUUGGCUGCAUCAAAAACAUCAUGUCCUAUGGCGUGUUUGUAGAGUUCCCGUACGGUCUCGUUGGUCUCGCUCCCAAAUCGGCCAUGUCAGACAAGUUCAUCCAGGACACGAUGACCACGUUCCAGCCGGGUCAGACCGUCAUUGCUAAAGUGACCAACCUGGAUAAGGACAAGCAGAGAUUUCUGGUCACUUUGAAAAUAUCAGAAGUCAUGAUGCCAGGAGGAGACGCACAAACCAGACUCAUUCAUGGACUGCAGGAGAGACGAGCUGUGAACGAAAUGUUGGCUGUUAAAGAUGGGGGAGAACUCUGUCAGCAGCUGGCUGCUCUGUCUGUUGGUGAGAAGCUGAAGCUGACUGUUGAAGGCACGACAGAAAACGGAGCCACUUUCAAGUCCGAUGACUUGAAUGGUGCUACUGUUCUUGCCAAUAAGCAUCACGUGACGGGCGUUAACCUGACUGCCGGACAGAAAGUUGGCGCGGUUGUCCUUCACGUGGACAUCCUGUCUAAUUGUAUCCAAGUGUCUGUCCUUCCUAAGCUGCUGGGAAAGAAGAAAUCUUUGACUGAAGAAUCCAAAUACACGGCUGUGGUGGAGUUCAUAGACCAAGACUUUGCAGUCGUCUCACUGGGCAACACAGCACAGCUGACUGUGAUCCAAACCAGAAGCCACCUGAAUGACAUCAUCUUCUCCGAGAAACUGGACGUGGGGACGACUUUGGCGGUUGAAGUCAUAGAACCCACCUGCGAGGAACUGCAAGGGCUCCCCCUGUUGUCGUGGAAUUGCAGUGCUCCAAAGCGACAGCGCGUAACUUCGGAAAACCAGGAUCGGGGUCACUGCUUCGGCGAAAUCCUGCAGGGGAAGGUGCACACAGUGAAGCCUACAUCAAUUCGCGUCACGCUGGAGGAUGGAAGCAAAGGCAGCGUGCAUGUGUCUGAGGUGAUGGAGGCCGCCGACAUGCGAAUCGGAUCCUUCCCUACGUCCUCCGUGAAAGCAGGCAGCGUGAUCACCUGCAGGGUCAUCGGAGGACGAGAAGCCUCCAGUCGCAGAUUGAUGUCUUUCUCUCAUCCAAAAUUCACUUACUAUAUUCCUGAGCUCACACUUGUACCCAGCAAAUUAGAUACCAGUGUAAACUUAAAACCUGUUUCAACACAAGAAAAAAUGAGCACCUAUAAAGUUGGGGAAGAAAUUACUUGUUUUGUUUCAAAGUUCCAUUCAGACAGGAAGUGUUUGGAGGUCACUUGUGGUCCUUCUGUCACCGGGACGGUUGAAUUGCUUGCAAUGAUCAAGAAUCCUCAAGAUGCUAAACACCCAGAGAAACUGUACAAACUGGGCCAAACAGUUCGUGCUGUAGUGGUGGAGGUUCAAGCCAAACAUAAUCGCCUCCUGCUUUCACUCACAGGUGUCCAUAAGCUGGAGAAAGGCAGCACUGUUUUAGGAAUCGUGUCAAAUAUUCAGCCACAAGUCGGCCUUUAUGUCAAACUUCCCUUUGGCGGCACGGGAACAGUUUGUUUCACCGACCUUCUUGACACCUACAAGCCAAACCCACUGAGGGCCUACAGCAAAGAUCAGAUCAUCAGGUGUUACCUGUUGGAUUGUAAAAAUGAAAAGUGGCAGUUAUCUCUGCGUCCAUCAAGGCUGUCGCCGCAACAAACCAAACCCGAGAAAGACCCGGAAGUGUUGUCUGUAGACCAGCUGCAGGUGGGCCAGCUCAUCCGAGGCUACGUGAAGAGCGUGGGGGAGCACGGGGUCUUCUUCAGGCUGUCAAGAAGCAUCAUUGGACGAGUUCAGUUCAAACACUCGACUAAAUACUUUAUCAAGAGCCACAAGGAUCUCUCCAAGCACCUGCCUGUCAACAUGCUCCUCACCGCUAAAAUCCUCAGUGUUGACAGAGAAGCCGAGUUAGUGGACCUCUCUCUGCUCCCGGAGGACACGGGCAGGUCGGACAUCUUUCCCGAGUCUCUCAACCUGCCGCUGCGUCUGAGCGAAAACGAGAAGAAAAAGCAGAAAAGACGUGCUCCGUCUGCGAGCGAACAGCAGGAUCAAGCAGAAUCCAAGAUCCCCAAAAAGAAGAAGAAGAAACGAAAGAGUGACGGUGAUGACAGUGGAGUGGAAGUGUACUUCAGAGAGGACGACGAUGAAGACGCUGAAAAGAAACCUGCUAAAGUGACUGCCGGCUCAGCAGGCCCGUCCAGGCUGCAGGUGGCUGCAGGUUUCUCCUGGGAGGUGGGGCUGAGCUCCCUGAAGCCCGCCUCUGCUGAAAAGGAGGAGGAGUCCAGCGAUGGAGAAGAUCAAGAUGAGAAGGCUAAGCCCCAGAAGAAGUCUCACCACGAGCUGCAGCAGGAGAAGAAGUCGGCAGAAAAGGCCCUGCUUCAGCGGGAAAACGAGCUGAUGGAUCCAAACCUGCGGCCGCAGGAUGCCUCCACCUUCGAUCGGCUGCUUUUAGCCUCCCCCAACAGCUCUCUGCUGUGGCUCCAGUACAUGGCUCAUCACCUGCAGGCCACACAGAUCGAGCAGGCCCGAGCUGUGGCUGAGAGGGCCCUCAAAACCAUCUCCUUCAGAGAGGAGCAGGAGAAGCUGAACGUGUGGGUGGCCCUGCUGAACCUGGAGAACCUGUAUGGCACAGAGGAAAGUCUGAAGAAAGUGUUUGAGCGAGCGCUGCAGUUCUGCGAGCCGAGGCCGGUGUACCAGCAGCUGGCUGACAUCUACACCAACUCCAGCAAAAUCAAGGAGGCAGAGGGGCUGUACAAGACGAUGGUGAAGCGUUUCCGUGAGGACAAAGCGGUGUGGUUGAGUUACGGGACCUUCCUGCUCCAGCAGGGUCAGGGUGAUGCUGCCAGCAGCCUCCUGCAGAGGGCGCUGAGGAGUCUCCCCUCUAAAGAAAGCGUGGACAUGAUCGCCAAGUUCGCUCAGAUGGAGUUCCGGUACGGCGACGCCGAGAAAGGGCGCAACAUGAUGGACAAAGUCCUGACGAGCUACCCCAAGCGCACAGACCUGUGGUCCGUUUUCAUCGACCUCACGAUCAAACACGGAUCCCAGACGGAAGUCAGGGCUCUGUUCGACCGCGUGAUCAACCUGAGCGUUUCUGUGAAGAAGAUCAAGUUUUUCUUCAAGCGCUACCUGGAGUACGAGAAGAAACACGGCACCCCUCAGAGCAUCCAGACCGUCAAGGAAAAGGCUUUGGAGUUUGUGGAAAGUAAAGGCAAAGAGGCCGAAAAUUAAAAAAGCGACCGGAUUCAGACUGCUCACAAAAACGCUCGUCCAUAAAAAGACCAACAUCUCAGCUUGUAUUUACAUUGUUUUUUUUAAUAUGACACAACAGAUCUUUGUAAAGGGAGUUCUAAAUGUUAAAAACAAUCAGCUGGUUAACAUUUCAUCAACUUGCAUUUUGUAUAUUAAAAAAAAAACUCAAAAGUAAAGAAAAAAAACAUGAA